AUGAGAUCGGAAGUUCAUGCAUCAGAACGGAAACUGAACCCGCCUAGAUCGACCGUCUCCUCGCCUAGAGAGUUACUGUUGGAGAGCAUCAAGCAAGGGCAAGUCCACCUCAAGCCGUCCCCUGUCCACAGGACCAUUCUACCCCUUGUCAAGGCUAGUGCCGGACGGUAUCCUCUGUUUACAAAUUAUAAAAUGCCGUAA